AUGGCGGCAUUGAUCGCGGGAAAGAAUCAUUACGAGCGGCUGAAGGUAUCGACGAAUGCCACACCCGCCGAAAUCAAAAAAUCCUUCUACGCCCUCUCCAAAACGCACCACCCAGACGCAAACCGCUCCGACCCCGACGCCUCGCACAACUUCUCCCUCCUCUCCGAGUCCUACACCGUCCUCUCCAACGCCUCCCGCAGAGCCACCUACGACCGCGACGUCCUGCGCCUGCACGAGCACGGCCACCACCACCACCACCACCCUUCCCACCACGGCUCCUACCACAGCACCAAUCCCGCCGGCGGCCGCCCGCCCUCCGGCCUGAGCCGUCGAAGGGGAACCUUCCGCGGCCCCCCGCCCAGCUUCUACCGCAGCGGCGGAUGGGGCGCCCACGCCGAGAAGCGACACCAGGCGCACGAGGAGUCCACCGGCGGCGCGGCAUCGUCUCGCGCAGCGGGAGAGCAGCAGCAGCAGCAGCGCGCAAACCCCUGGGACACGAGCGCUUUCCACCAAACGCAGUCGUCGUCGUCGUCGCAGUACGGCGGCAUGGGCCCCGGCUCGUCGCCGUUCCGACAGGACGACGAGGUGCCGCCGCACUUUGACAGGGAGGGCCACACGCGGACGCACGAGCGGCAGGACCGCCGGCGGUGGCAGCGCCAGCGGAGGGCCGUCGGGGACGACGGCAUCGAGUUUGAGCCGCAGACGAGCCUUGCGGGGCACUUCCUCAUCGUGGCGGGCAUCUUGGCGGCGACGUUUGUGGCGCCGGCGGUGUACUUGCAGUUUAUGCGCUUGGGCAGGAGGAAGAAGGAGGAGGGGGGUUGA